AUGUCGCCUUCAGCAAACGGCAACUCCACUCCCCACAACGGGAAUGGCGCCGGUCAUGCCUCCAGACCGGCCCUCACUCCGGGCUUGUACGUGCCAACAGUAGCCUUCUUCCGCUCCGACGACUCAGUGGACGUUGAGACAACCACGUCUCACGCCAUCCGACUCGCCAAGGCCGGUGUCGCCGGCCUUGUUACUCACGGCUCCAACGGCGAGGCCGUCCACUUGGACCACGCCGAGAGGCAACUCAUCAACAAGACCACACGUGCGGCCUUGGAAUCGGCCGGGAAGGGUGACCUUCCUCUGAUCGUCGGCUGCGGCGCUCAGUCAACACGAGAGACCAUCCAGCUCUGUCAAGAGGCCGGCGCAUCCGGCGGCGACUACGCUCUUGUUCUUCCCCCGGCCUACUACGGGGGCCUCCUCUCCACCGAACAAAUCCUGCAGCACUUCCGCGAAGUCGCGGAUGCCAGCCCGGUUCCGAUCCUCAUCUACAACUACCCCGGUGCUUGCAGCGGACUCGACCUCAACUCGGAUACCAUCAUCACUCUGUCGAGCCACCCCAACAUUGUCGGCGUGAAGUUGACGUGCGGAAACACCGGCAAGCUUGCUCGGAUAGCUGCUGCUACGGUGCCUAAGAAGGGCGACACUGGUAUCCCCUUCCGAACUUUCGGUGGCAGCGUCGACUUCACCCUGCAAACACUUGUCGUUGGCGGUCAUGGUAUUAUCGGAGGAACUGGCAACAUUGCGCCCUUCGCUUGUGUGAAGUUGAUGAAGCUUUGGGACGAGGGCAAGUUGGCCGAGGCCAGGGAGCUGCAGGCCGUUGUGGCUCGUGGCGACUGGACAGCUAUCCAGGGCGGCUUCGUUUCCGUCAAGGCUGCGCUGCAAGAGUACUACAACUACGGUGGUCUUCCUAGGAAACCCUGCGCGCUGCUUGAGGGCGAGAAGCUGACCAAGCAGCUGGAUGGUUUCUCUGAGCUUGUUGGGGUAGAGAAGACGCUCCAGCAAUAA